AUGUUCCUGGGAGUCUGGUUGGACUGGAAACUCAACUGGAAGGCCCACCUGGUGGCGGUGGAGAAGAAGCUGAGGACCCAGAGCUAUGCCCUGUCGAGGAUCGUGGCAAAGACAUGGGGAAUGGGGCUAGCCAAAGCGCGAGAAGUGUACACAAAGUGCAUCCGGUCGGCGCUGGCCUAUGGCGCAUCAUCGUUUCACAUCCCCACGGAUGUGGGAGGCGAGCCGGUAAAGAAAGGCAUCACUAAGGCCCUCGGGAAGGCCCAGAACAAGAGCUUGCGGAUCGUGGAGGGAGCCUUUAAGUCUACCCCAAUCCGUGACCUCGAGACAGAGACGGUAGUAGAAGAGGCUUGGAGAGCGAGGUGGUUAAAGGAACGGGACGGCAGGGCAAUCACCAGGCCGGCGGACGACUUUGACCAUCAGCAGGAGACGCUAUUCCGGAACGAAACCCUAAGGAGGCACGACGGUCUCAGCAAGGCGAAGAGCUCACUGCUGAUUCAAAUCCGGACGGGAGCAAUAGGCUUACGGGACUUCUUGUUUACACGGGGAGUCCCGGAGGUUCUGACUCCUGCCUGCGAGUGUGGCGAGGGACGAGAGACUGCCGAACACCUGGUAGUGUGGUGUUUGGCCCCACCGUUGACUAGAAGAUGGGAGAGAACUGGAAUUCGGACACGACGGGACUUUUACUCUGUUCUACACGGCAUCAAUCCCACGACUGCACGGCUCGCGAGGAGAGUCCUCGACUGGCUGAUGGACUCGGGGAAGCUGCCGAUGUACAACUUAGCCAGGAGGCUCGAGCUGGAAGCGGCGGCCUGA